AUGGUAGAGCACGUGCAGAAUAAACGCACACUGAAAACAAACAAACAAAAGCAAUGCGUGUACGACGUCGGGCCGAUAUCCGCCGCGGACGAGGACGCCGCCGCUGCCAGCUCCCUGUUCUACAAGAGUGACAAGCAGGGAGAGUUGGUUUCGGUAUACGAAAAGAGGAAGCAGGCGGGCGAGGAGUCGUACAGUGUUGUGUCUGUGCGCUUGACGGAGCAGCUGGAACAGGUAAAGUCUGUGGUGGGGGCGUGGACGGCGUUGGACGAGGCUUUACAGCGAUGCACUGGCAGUGGCAACCCGCAGGGGACGUUGGGCGCGCGUUAUGCUCCCCUCCUCACUGAGGGGCUGCUUGGCUUUUUGUCCAGCAAGCUGGACCGGACCGCGUGGAAGGACGAGUACCGCGGCGUGAAUGCAACUGCUCACGGGGCAGCGUCGAGCGCGGCGGGGGGUGUGACGUUCAGCGGCGCCGGGGCGGAGUGGCCCGUGGGGAAACUGGGGCAGAACCAGCCGUACUACUUUGCGAACAACAAGUUCGCUCUCGCGGCGACGGUGGCGAUCCACGCGGUGCCGGAGAAGGAAGACACUCUUCUGCUGGGGGCGAGGAUGGAUGGCGCAGCCAACACUGUGCUCUUUGGCCUGUCGUACACGAGCAAGAGGAAGUGGAAAGCCAAACUUGAUAAUGCUGCUGCCGAGGAGCAUGCUGAGGCGUGGGCACCAGUCACGGCAGUUCAAGUGGCGCUGCAAAUGGAUUGGGACGAUUGGUCUUUGUACAUUGGUAGGCAGAGGAUUUGCGGAACGAAGUACAGUGGCGCUCUGUUCAACUCACACCGGAUAACGCACUUCCUUUUCGGCAUGGAUGGCACGCACGCGGCUGCGGGCAGCCCCAACGUGACGGUGGCGAACGUCCUGUUGUACAGCCGCGUGCUGGGCGCGGGUGAGCUGCAGCGACUGCAACUCGGCAGCUGCACGAUUCCGCCG